CCUCCUCCUCCUCUUGCCCUCUCCAACAAUUGUGAUCUCUCUGUUAUUUGUGUUAACGCGGUGAUCAUGAGGAGCCACAGUGCAUGUGCCCUCCACGUUUCCCGGCUGUAGCUCACCCGGCCGAAGCGCGUCCCUGCUCCAUCCCUCCCGUGCGUCCGAGAGAGGCGAGUAGCGGCGGCGGAGCGAGCGGCAGCCCCCGGCGCAGUCGAGCACCACAUUUCUUUUUGUCUGUGCGCUCCGCAGGCUUCGGGCUUCGGACUGUGGGCUUUGAGGCUUCGCAUCCUCUCAGCUGCCGGCUUGGCGUAGUCGUAUGAAGGAGAGAAGGAACAGCGGAGGAAGAAAAACAAAGCUCUCCAUGUCUGAUGUUUGAAACUGCACCGACAGUCGGAUAUUUAGUCUGAUUUUUGUCUCUUUUCUGCGAGCUUUUUUGUUAGUUUUUAACACCAUGGAGUCGGUGGAGAAGGAGUGCGGAGCGCUGGGUGGAUUAUUCCAGGCCAUCGUGAACGACAUGAAGAGCUCUUACCCUGUGUGGGAAGAUUUCAGUGCCAAGGCCACAAAACUGCACUCUCAACUCAGGACUACAAUUCUGGCAGCAGUGGCCUUUUUAGAUGCCUUUCAGAAAGUGGCGGACAUGGCUACCAACUCUAGAGGUGCCACCAGGGACGUCGGCUCAGCUCUGACAAGGAUGUGUAUGCGCCACCGCAGCAUUGAGACAAAAUUACGCCACUUCACCAAUGCUCUUAUGGAAGGCCUGGUUACGCCACUCCAGGAUAAGAUAGAGGAAUGGAAGAAGACAGCUAAUCAGCUGGACAAAGACCAUGCCAAAGAAUACAAGCGGUCUCGUCAGGAAAUCAAAAGGAAGUCGUUAGACACCAUAAAACUCCAGAAAAAAGCAAGAAAAGGCCGGGGAAACCUGCGCCCCCAGCUGGACAGUGCCAUGCAGGAUGUCAGUGACUUGUAUCUGCUGAUGGAGGAGACGGAGAAGCAGGCAGUUCGCAGAGCCCUCCUGGAAGAGAGAGGGCGUUACUGUACAUUCAUUAACAUGCUGCAGCCUGUGGUGAAUGUAGAGAUUGCCAUGCUGGGAGAGAUAACACAUUUACAGGCCAUUGUUGAUGACCUCAGUGUGCUGACUGAAGACCCACAUAAGCUGCCACCAGCCAGUGAGCAGGUGAUCCGUGACCUGAAAGGCUCUGACUUUAGCUGGUCAUACCAGACCCCUCCUUCCUCCCCCAGCAGCGCCGGCUCCAGGAAGAGCAGCAUGUGCAGUCUCCUCCAGAUGCCCUCUGCAGGAGCCCAUCGCCUCAGCAGUGUCUCCUCCCACGACUCAGGCUUUGUGUCCCAAGAUGCCAACACCCACUCUAAGCCUCCAUCGCCCAUGCCCUCUGACAUCGCCAGCCAGAAAUCAACAAGCUCAGCCUCCUCUGAGGCUUCAGAAACCUGCCAGUCUGUCAGCGAAUGCAACUCUCCUACAGCGUUUGGCUCAUGCUCAUCCUUCGGUACCUUUCGCCCUGCUUUCUCUCACACUGGCACCAUCAGGCCUCUCUCUGUCAUACUUCCUGCGUCCCCCACAUUUAACCACUCCCCUGGAUCCAACACCCCCUCACCCACAUCAAAGGUUCCUAGCUGGAAGGACUGGGCCAAAUCGAGUUCCUGUGAGCCAUCGUUGGCCACCACUCUGCAGCGUAGGAGGGAGUCCAUGGAUAAGAUGAGAGAACUAGAAGCUCCGCCCAGUCCACUGGGGUAUUCUGGGAUGCAACCAGAUGAUCAACACCGAGCAAGAAUUGGCCCAGGAACCAUAGCAUCCAAGCAUGGCGAGCCACUCUCUCCAGCAGCCAGUACUCUAGCUAUGGUUCUGACUAGGGGCUUGAGUAUGGAGCAGCAGAAGAGCAGCAGGGACUCUCUGCAGUACUCCAGCGGCUAUAGCACUCAGACCAACACCCCUUCCUGUUCUGAGGACACUAUACCCUCACAAGGCUCUGAUUAUGAGUGCUACUCUCUCAAUGGAGAUGCUGACAGUGAAGGACAGGCAGACUUUGACAAGUCCUCCACCAUCCCACGACACAGUAACAUCGCUCAGAGCUACCGCCGAAUGAUCCAAACAAAGAGACCUGCCAGCACAGCAGGUCUGCCUGCAGGGAAGACCCUGCAGGGAACUCCAAAUGGGGGAGGGGGAACCAGCUCCGGAGUUAUCACGUCGGGGACGGCCACCAUUCGCCGGACACCGUCCUCCAAAACUGGAGUGAGACGCACGCCGUCCACAUCCGGCCCCAUUCCAAUCCGGCCCCCCAUUGUGCCCGUUAAGACCCCAACGGUGCCAGAUUCUCCGGGGUACGCCAGUCCGUCGCAGUAUCGCGUGGGCAGCGAGGAGUUUUUGUACGGUGAUGACCCAUCUAGUAGUGACUACACAAGGGCGUCUCCAAACCGAAUGAGCCUCCCUGACACAGCUUGGGGCUGUGGAGGAGGAGGGGCGGACAGGACUGUUUACGCCCAGCAGGCCCCCGGCAUGGCGACCCACAGCACUGAGGAGGACCCUCUGCUCGCUGCCAACCGCCACAGCCUGGUAGAGAAGAUAGGAGAGCUGGCAGCCAGCGCCCACGCCCUUGGCGAGGGCCACUUCCCCUUCCACAGCUCACUGCCAGGGGAUCCAGCUCUGUGUGUACCCCAGGAGUCGUCCUCUACGACCCAGGAGGACACAGAUAUGCUGGUGUCAAUACGCCGGGGGGUGAGGCUCCGCAAGGCAGUGACUGACGACAGGUCGGCUCCCAGGAUUCUGCGGUAGCUGAGGGAGAAGAAGGCUGUGAAGAAGCAGCUGUGGUGCCCUUAUUUACAAACUGAAGCUUUGUAAUAAAAUGCAACAGCACUCAUGUGAUACAUGAACUGAGGUACAAGUAACAAAGAGGAUGUAACGUGGUGAAUGAAGGCCAGUUCAGAGUAAUGGACAAUGUUAAAGUCAUUUCAUGUCUUGUAUGUAUUGCGUACGUACAAAGUAAUCCAUAUUCUUUUGGUUUUUAUUCUUCUUUUUGGUUUUCUUCCCGUCUGUGGACUUUGUGGCUGUGCAUCUCUGCUCCCUGUGUGACCGGUUGUUUCAGCCCAGUUUGUCCAUUUAGACCCAGUGAUGAAGACGUCACGACUGUAGGGAUCAAAUGCUCUGUGUCUUUGUUCUUGCUCUUCUGAUUAUUAUAAUAUUGUGCAUUUCUUAUUAAUUAACACAGCGACCUGUCAGAAGGAAGUGAUGUGCGAAAGUGCUCUGUGAGCCUGUCUGCGUGUUGUGUUUCUCAUCAUUACUGUACAAGUACCGUAUUACUGUUUUGUUUCAUAAGCUGAACAGCAGCUGUGUAAGUCAUGUAAAAUAGGAGCAAUAUGGCAGUGUUUUUAUUGCUGUACUGUACUGUCAAUAUAUUCUGCAAUUAAACAGGCUUUUUACUGUUAAA